CUGUCAAGUUGACAAUAGUUGACAUCUUUGAUUUGCCAUAUAAUAAUUUUAUUCUUUUUCGGCGGGCGGCGUUAGCAGUAGCUCGCCAUCAUGGUGAACAACCGCGUGCCCUCUGUCUUCUCAAAGACUUAUGUAACUCCACGUCGUCCCUUCGAGAAGGCUCGCUUGGACCAGGAGUUGAAGAUCAUUGGAGAAUAUGGACUAAGGAACAAGCGUGAGGUGUGGAGAGUCAAAUAUACACUAGCGAGGAUCCGUAAGGCGGCUCGUGAAUUGCUUACCCUGGAAGAAAAGGACCCUAAAAGGCUAUUCGAAGGUAAUGCACUUUUGCGUCGUCUGGUGAGGAUUGGCGUGCUUGAUGAAAAGCAGAUGAAACUCGAUUACGUGUUGGGUCUCAAGAUUGAGGACUUCUUGGAGCGCCGCCUGCAGACUCAGGUCUUCAAGGCUGGUCUGGCAAAGUCCAUCCAUCAUGCCCGUAUCUUGAUCAGGCAGAGACAUAUCCGUGUACGCAAGCAGGUGGUGAAUAUCCCGUCGUUCAUCGUGCGCCUGGACUCCGGCAAACAUAUUGACUUCUCGCUCAAGUCGCCGUUCGGAGGCGGCCGGCCAGGCCGCGUCAAGAGGAAGAACCUGCGCAAGGGCCAGGGCACCGGCGCCGCCAAUGACGAAGAGGAGGAUUAGACUAAAUAAAAUGAACGUU